AAUAAAUGUAUGUAAUAUGACGUAUUAAACCAUUAAAUUAAAUUAAUAUUGAAUAGUUACGGACGUUACGGUUAAGUUAUCUACUACCGUGAAUUAAGAUGUACAAUGUACAUUAAUCACAAUGUCUUUAAUCAUUAUUAUUAUUAUGUUAUUUGAUACUUAUCUUAAGAUUUAAAUCUUCUCUGCUAGUACAAUUGCUGCUAUAUAAGCUGGUUGCCUUUAAUUGGCUACCUAGUACCUACUGAUCUGCUGAUGACGACAAACGAGUAUAGAAGUUUCAUAUUGUUAUAUUUUAGUAAUUUGCUAAAAUAAUUGUGUUAUUAAAUCAAUAUGCCAUUAAAAGGAUUAAACGUCUUAGAAUUUUCUGGAUUGGCUCCAGUACCUUUUGUUGGAACUAUAUUAUCAGAUUUUGGAGCAAAUGUGACUGUUAUCCAAAAAAGAAAUGCUAUUCUUCAAUUUACAAACUUUUUAAAUAAUGGUAAAAAGUCUAUAUGUGUCAAUUUAAAACAACCAGAAGGUGUUGAAAUUAUACAUAGAUUAAUCACUGAUUUUGACAUUAUACUUGAACCGUAUAGACCUGGUAUAAUGGAAAAACUGGGAUUAGGCCCUAAUUUAAUGAUGUCAAAAAAUCCACGUUUAAUAUAUGCUCGAUUGAAUGGAUAUGGUUCAUAUGGGCAAUAUGCACAAAGAGCUGGUCAUGAUAUAAAUUAUUUAGCUAUGUCAGGUUUGUUGUCAUUGUAUGGUUCAAAAAAUAAACCUGUUCCUCCUGUUAAUUUUUCUGAAUUUGCUGGUGGUAGUAUGGUAUGUGUAAUGGGAAUUUUAAUGGCAGUCAUAGAAAGAUACAAAAGUGGAAAAGGUCAAAUUGUUGACACUAACAUAACUGAAGGUAUUUCUUAUGUAGGAAGUUGGUUGUUAUCUUCACAAGAUUCAAUGAUUUGGAAAAAACCAAAAGGACAGAAUUUACUGGAUGGAGGAAUGCACUUCUAUGAUACAUAUGAAACCAAAGAUGGUAAAUGGAUGGCUGUCGGUGCAAUAGAACCAGAAUUUUAUGAAGUGUUCAUCAAAGAACUAGGAUUGAACAUUGAUGAUAUUGAACAACUUGAUAAUUUUGAAAAUAAUAGAAAAAUUAUUGCAAACAAAUUUAAAGAGAAAACACGAGAAGAAUGGUGUAAUAUUUUUGAUUUGAAAGAUGCUUGUGUUACUCCUGUGUUAGAAUUAGACGAGGUUGACCAGCAUCCUCAUAACGCAAGUAGAAAUUCAUUUAUGAGGAAAGAUAAUGUUGUGUUGCCUGUUCCAGCACCAAAACUAAGUGCUACUCCUGGAGUUUCAAGUUUUAGUAAACCGAUUCCAACUUGUGGACAGAAUACUAAGGAAAUACUUGAAAGUAUUGGAUAUACACAAAUGGAAAUCAGCAAAUUAUUUCAAAAUAAGACUGUAUUUGAAGAAUUAAAAUCCCAGUUAUAAUUUGGUAUUUUAGUUUUUACAAAAAAGUAGCUUUUGUUAUCUUGUAUUUAGCAUUAAACAGUUUUAUUUUUUGAGAUUGUUCAA